AUGUCCCACCAUCGUGUUCACACUGAGGAGAGACCUUUUAAAUGUCCAGACUGUGGCAAGUGCUUUAAAAGUUCAAGCAAUCUGAUGUCCCACCGACGAGUUCACACCGAUGAGAGACCUUUUAAAUGCCCAGACUGUGAGAAGUGUUAUAAAAGUUCCAGGGAACUGCUGUCCCAUCAACAUACUCACACUGAGGAGAGACCAUUUAGAUGUCCAGACUGUGGGAAGGGCUAUAAAAGUUUUGGGGAACAGAUGCGCCACCAACGUGUUCACACAGGAGAAAGACCUUUCAAAUGCCCAGACUGUGAGAAGUGCUAUAGAAGUUCCAGCAAUCUGAUGUCUCAUCGGCGUGUUCACACUGACGAGAGACCAUUUAGAUGUCCAGAUUGUGGGAAGGGCUAUAAAGGUUCCAGUGAACUGAUAUCCCAUCGACGUGUUCACACUGACGAAAGACCUUUUAAAUGCGGAGACUGUGGGAAGUGCUUUAAAAGUUCUGGGGCAUUGAUGAACCAUCAACGUGUUCACACUGACAAGAGACCUUUUAAAUGCCCAGAAUGUGGGAAUUGCUUUAAACGUUCAGGGGAACUGGUACGCCAUCAACGUAUUCACACUGAGGAGAGACCUUUUAAAUGCCUGGACUGUGGAAAGUGCUAUAAAAGUUCAGGGGAACUAAUGUCCCAUCAACGAGUUCACACUGAUGAGAGACCUUUUGGAUGUUUAAACUGUGGGAAAUGCUAUAAAAGUUCAGGGGAUCUGAUGUCCCACCAACGAGUUCACACUGACAAGAGACCUUUUAAAUGCCCAGUGUGUGGAAAAUGCUUUAAAAGUUCAGGGAAAAUGAUUUCCCAUCAACGCAUUCACACUGACGAGAAACCUUUCAGAUGCUUCCAGUGUGAGAGUAGAUUCAGGUCGUCAUCUGAGCUCACUGUCCACCAGCGAACCCACACUGGGGAGAGGCCAUUCUCCUACUUGCUGAGUUUCUCCAGCAGGGACCAACGUCGGUCAGCAAGCCCAGGGGUGAUGGUUGAGCCGGGCUUCAUGCGGAAAAACACCUGGCAGCAGGGUUUUGAAUGA